AUGUAUGCAUUGCCAACUAAUGCUGAGGGUGCCUGUCACCUGUGUGUGCCGCCUGCCCCAGGUAUAGAGUCUGCUGCUCUAGGUGCUGGUGAGGCUGCUGCUCUAGGCGCUAGUGAGUCCACUGCUCCAGGUGCUGGUGAGUCUGCUCUCUCUGGUACUACGCCUGCUGCGGCCUUGCACACCUUCACGCUUGACUCACGAGCUUCCCGCUCCUUCUAUCGCGAUUGCACCACACUCACGCCGCUCAGGCGGCCAGUGGCAGUCUCUCUGGCUGACCCCUCUGGGGGUCCGGUCCUUGCACACUCCUCCACGGAUCUGCCGCGUCCGGCGGUCCCGUCUGGCUCUCUGUCUGGCCUCCACCUCCCCUCGUUCUCCACGAACUCGGUGAGUGGAGCUGACCUUCAGGACGCGUGGGUUGACCAGUUCACUCCUGGAGGUCAGCGGGUGACCCACUGUUCGUGCACUCAGACGGGCCGGCACCUGGCCACGUUCACCCGUCAGCCUGGGUCGAGCCUGUACACACUGAGUACUGUGUCUCCUGCGGUUGCCGAGUCUGGUCAGGUAGCUGCGUCGGGUCAGGUGUUUGCUGCAGCGUCCAAGUCUCGUCCUGAGACUGCCCCCUGCUCGUUUCGCCUCCUGUCUCACAAGAUUCUCCUCUGGCACCACCGCCUUGGUCACCCCUCCCUGCCUCGUCUCCGAGGCAUGGCCUCCCGUGUCCUUGCCACUGGUCUUCCCCGGUCUCUCCCUCCCCUUCCCCCGGGGCCUGCCCCUAUCUGCGUUCCUUGCGUUGAGGGACGGCAGCGCGCUGCUCCUCACUCCUCCGAGUUCCCUCUGACGGAGGCUCCCUUGCAGACGCUUCACAUGGACGUGUGGGGCCCAGCCCGCGUCCAUGGCCAAGGUCACGAGCGCUACUUUAUGCUGGUCGUUGACGAGUACUCGCGUUACACCACAUUCUUCCCCUUGCGCCGCAAGGGUGAGGUCACUGAGGUGCUGAAAGACUGGAUCCGCGCUGCCCGUCGUCAGCUCAGCGAGAGUUUCGGCUCGGACCUUCCUGUUCUGCGUCUGCACUCCGACAAAGGUGGAGAGUUUUCCUCCGACCUUUUGCGAGCCUUCUGUCGUGCCGAGGGCAUCCGCCAGACGUUCACGCUUCCGGCCUCUCCGCAGAAAAAUGGGAUUGCUGAGCGCCACAUUGGCAUGGUCACGGAUGUCGCUCAUACGUUCAUGAUCCAUGCGGCUGCUCCCCAUUUUCUGUGGCCGUUCGCGGUUGAGUACGCGGCGCAUCAGCUCAACCUCCUGCCCCGGGUCUCCAUGCCGGAGACCACACCUAGUCUGCGGUGGACGGGGAAGGUUGGCGAUGGGUCUGCGUUCCGUGUCUGGGGAUCUCGAGCUUUCGUCCGCGACUUGUCUGCGGACAAGCUGUCCCCCCGUGCUGUUCCCUGCGUUUUCCUUGGCUUCCCCCCUGACGCGCCUGGUUGGCAGUUUACCAUCCCACCUCGCGUCGUGUUGUGUCCUCUCAGGACGUCACGUUUGAUGAGUCGGUUCCUUACUACCGUAGACGCAGUCGAGCCUGUCGAGGCAGCUAUUGACUAUGGUGCUGCUAGGGGUGCUGAGCCUGCGGGUGCCGGGUCUGGGGGUGCUGAGCUUGAGCGUGCGGAGCUUGGGGGUGCUGAGGUGCUGGGCCUGCUUGUGUGGAGUCUGGCAGUGCUGAGCUUGGAGGUCCUUCGGGUGCUUGGUCCCGGCGGCGAAUGGUGUGCUUGGUGCUGGAGCCGUGCUGCUGGAGCUGGUGUUUCUACGUGCGCUGGAGGCCCUGCUGCUGCUGGAGGUCCUGCCGCUGCUGGAGCUGCUGGGGGUUCUGGAGCCACUGGUCGUGGAGGUGCUCGUACUAGAGGUACUGGAGCUGCUGGGCCUGGUGGUGCUGUUGGAGCCGGAGCUGCUGGAGGUGCUAGGGCUGGCGGUGCUGCUGGGGCAGGUGCUGCUGGAGGUACUAGAGCUGGAGCUGCUAGCGCUGCUGGGGCUUCUGGUGGUCCUGCUCGAGCUGGAGCUGCUGGGAAUGCUGGAGCUGGAGGUGCUGCUAAAGCCGGUGCUCUUGUGGGUGCUGAAGUUGGCGAUUCUGGUGCUGUUGGAGGUGCUGCUGGAGAUGGUGAGCGUGUCCCUCUACCGUCUCCUCUUGGGUCCUCUCUUCCUGCCCUUUCUCACCCAAAGUCUGACUCCCUUCGUGCUGCUAGUCCUACUGUCACGCGUAUACUGGCCAGUGCUGUCACUUACCCUUUCUUUGAGUCCUCUGCUGCGUCUGCCUUAGUUGCUGAGCUUGUCGACUUUGCUGCUCACUGUCGUCUCGACUGCUCCGCUAGUCAUGUUGCUGAGUCUGAGUCUGUCUGUCCUUCGUCCGUCGGGGGUGAGUGUGCUCUUAGCAUGGACGUCUUUGAGGACAAGCAGGUGGACUUUGAGUGCUUUGCAGCCACUGUACCUCAUCUUGUGUCCAUGCUGAUUGCACCUGAGGGAGACCCGGAUGCACCAGACAUCCCGACCCCGCGCUCUUACGCAGAGGCGAUAGAGCGUCCCUACUCCUCUCAGUGGUAG